AUGUUGACAGUAAUGAGACUUCUUCUUGUGACUUUGUUGGUGGUGUUACAUAUUGCGAGGGCGCAGAAAGUAUCAACCUUAAAUGGCCCACUUCUUGGACAACGUCUGUCAGUGCUGGGCAGAUCUCUUGACGUAUUCUAUGGAAUCCCAUAUUCUAAGCCCCCUGUAGGCGAUCUCCGCUUCAAGUACCCUCAGCCUUCAGAGUCAUGGGGACCGGAAGUCAGGGAUGCACAGAAACCGACGCCAUCUUGCUUUCAACCUAAAGAUGUUUAUAGUUCUGCCGAUACUAACAGAGAUACUCCUGGUGAUUACAGUGAAGACUGCCUUCAUCUUACAGUGUGGGCGCCAACAGACAAUAGUGGCAAACUGGCCGUGAUGGUCUGGAUCCAUGGUGGGGGAUUUUAUUUUGGAUCUCCGUGACUGCCACUGUAUGAAGGCAAAUACCUUGCAGCAGAAAAUGACGUCACCGUUGUAUCAAUGAAUUACAGAUUAGGGCCUUUAGGAUUCAGCUACCUGGGACCAGAUACCAUACCUGGCAACAUGGGCUUGAUGGAUCAAAGACUGGCCUUACUGUGGGUGAAAGAUAACAUUGCCAACUUUGGUGGAGAUCCAAACCGCGUGACCUUAUUUUGAGAAAGUGCUGGUGGUGCCAGCGUUGGUCACCACUCAGCCUCACCUCUGUCACGUGACUUGUUUGCCAGAGCAAUCAUGCAGAGUGGGACCCUUAAUUGCCCAUGGGCUUACACUGUGCCGAAAACAGCAAAACGAAAGAUGAAGAGGUUUGCUGAUCUCCUCGAAUGUCCAUCAUCUUCAACUGAUGCAGACAUCUAUGACUGCUUGAAGACAGGAGAAGCCUAAACUGUGGCAGACGUUCUGCCUGGUUUGUUAGAAGAAGGACUUGGAUUCAUACCAGUUGUGGACAGCUACUUUCUCCCCGAUGACCCCACAACGCUUCUGUCCAGCGGUUCUAUCAAACAGACCAGUGUUUUGCAUGGUUUUACUAAAGAUGAGACAACACUGCUUUCGACAAUGACGUUGAAGCUGAUGAGAAACGUAUCAACAUUACCGGAAACACUGAUUUUAAGUCGCUCAGGUUAUAAUAGUUUUCUAUCAUUUGACAUUCUUGCUGGAAAUGGAGUCGAAGAACCUCUUUGUCUGUUUUAUGAAAGUCAGAAAGCCCCUCUUAAAGACAAAGGCUAUUUAGAUGUCAUGACUCGGGUGACUUCAGAUAAGGUAAUGAAGUGUCCUCUUUAG